AGGACGGCCCUCCGCGGCGGGAGGAGAGUCUUUCUCCCGGAUCAGCCCCGUCGGCGCAUCGCCUCCCGAACGACCAUCGACGGCAGUCGCUGUCCGAGCGCCGAGGUGCUGAAACGAGCUCGCCCGAGUCCUCAAGGGUGCGAGAGUUCCCACCGGCGCGCGCUUCUUCGGAGCUGUCCGCGGACACCCGGUGCUGAACUUCCUUUCCUCGGCCUUGGUCUACUCUUCCCCCCAUCCCGUUGAGCCUCGAUGGGAAACGACGAGGGGACCCUUCCUCCACAAGAGACGGGAUGCUGAUCUAAGAAGCCAGCCUCCUCCACGACCCACUUUGAGCGUCUUCCCUCCGUCUCCAGUUGGGGGGCUAACUCCGCUCCCGUAUCUGCCGCCGCCGCCGCUCUCCGUUCUACCUAGCCAUGGCUUUCAUGGUGAAGUCAAUGGUUGGUGGCCAACUGAAGAAUCUCACCGGCGGCUUGGGGGGAGAAGACAAAGGAGAAGGGGACAAAUCUCCAGCGGAAGCCCAAGGGAUGACGAAGGAAGAGUAUGAAGAGUAUCAGAAGCAGCUGGUGGAAGAAAAGAUGGAACGGGAUGCCGAAUUUGCCCAGAAGAAAGCUGAGCGUGCGACACUGCGGACUCACUUCCGUGACAAAUACAAACUGCCCAAGAAUGAAACCGACGACAACCAGAUCCAACUGGCCGGGGGCGACGUGGAGCUGCCGAAGGAGCUGGCCAAGAUGAUAGAGCAAGACAACGAGGAAGAAGAGGAAAAGGACUCUGUUAUCGGACAGCUGACCAACAUCCAGAACCUAGACCUGGAUUCCUUGAAGGACAAAGCCCAAGCCACCAUCGACGAUCUGAAGCAAUCCGCUGAGAAAUGCACCAUCAUGUGACUCCAUGCUGCCUCUUGAUCCCAGUUGGUCAACCCGUGUGAGUGGGGUGGUGUGGUCCGUGAGGGGGCAAGGCUGACCCUAGUCGAUGAGAAAGACCCAACAGUGAGACCCAACGAGUUUGUCUUCCUUGUGUGCGCACGUGUGCGCGCGAGCUGAGUAUUUUCUUUGCAGCCCGAGUCCCCGUCCCUUGUAACGUAUCUUCCAUCCCUCUUCAGUGGACAUGAGGUGUGCGUACCUGUCUCAGGUUAGACCCUCUCUCCUCCCCUUACCAAGGUCCACCUUCAAUUGCUACCUCUCUUUGACCUUCUUCUCCCUUUCCACCUACAUCUAGACAGUCUAUCUUCCAUCAGCCUUUUGAUGGAGAAGGAUAAGAGCCAUUUACUAUCCCGGGAGUCGUCCUGGCUGUGUACCAAAAUGAAUGUGCAAUACACACACACACACACAAACACCUUUACAGAAACACAAUUUGAAGAGGAGACUAUCUUGUGGAAAGAGGCUGAAGAAGCAAAGGAACCAGGGGUGAAAUUCAAUUUUUUUAUUACCGGUUCUGUGGGCAUGGCUUGAUGGGUGUGGCAGGGGAAGGA